AUGAAAAAGUUUGAAGAUAGUGAAGAGCAAGAUAUUAAUGACAGAAUAUCUAAUAAUUAUGAUGAAGAAACAGAAGCUGAAAAGAUAUCCAAAGAGCUUGAAAGAGACAUACAAAUAUACACAAAAUAACACUUUCAAACAAAUAAAAUCCAAAAAGGAAAAACAGAAGCAAAAAUCUAAAAACCAGACUCCCAAAAAAGAAUCACCAAGCGAUUAUAAAACUCCCAAAAAGACGCCACAAAGCCAUAAAUCAACCAAAACAAAGCCUUUUGUUCCUUCAAAAUUCAAGCUUCUUCCCAAGACCGCCGCUAAAAAGAGCAAAUAAAACUCCUCCUCCUAGCAAUCCCAAAACGCUUCAAGAAUUAGCUUCAAAGCAGAAGCACCCUUACUCAGAGAAAGCUUCAGAGGAACAGAAGAAAAGCAAUCAGAAAGGAACCAAAGACAACCGAGGUCACCUCAAGAAGCCUAGAGAUAUAUCCCCUAAAACAGAGAAGCUUCUUUCCAAGUAUAGAAAACAACUAAACCAAUUAAUUUACAAGAACAAGCAGAAACAGGACCAACUGGAUCAUUUGAAAUCAGAAUGAAAAAUCAUGGGAAUUUCUGCCGAUCCUACUACAUCCCUAACCCCCUCGUCUUCCUCCAAAAUUUACAAAUAACAUUGCCAAGAGCACUGAGACUAUUUCCCAGCUAGAAUCCUCAGCCAAAAACCUGGAACAAAACACCAUAAAACUUAACUGUGAAGAGCUUAUUCUUAACCACAUAAAAUCCAGUUGUCAAUCCCAUAUCAAAAUCAUCAAGCAUAAUACUGAAAUCAUCAAGCAACAGCUGGUGCAGCACAGCCAGUUGGCUGUAGCUGAUUCUGAUAAAGCAGCAGCUGAUGAGCAGGACCACAAAAUAGAUUUCAUCAAGACCAAUUCUAAACAACUAAUAAACUUAGGGUUGGCAGUGCUUGACUCCCAAAGAGAAGUAAUGAAAGAGAGCAAAGUUGACUUGAUCUUCAAAAAGAGGCAGAUCUUAGUUGAGCUAGAACAGGAGUGCCAGAAGAUCAACAAAAGACUCAACCAGAUGAACAGGUCCUCCCAGGAAGAACGGUUCAAGCACUUCAACGUACAACAUCAGAUCGUGGAAGAGGAAGAAGAGCCCAUGGACACUAAUACACAGAUAAGUAUACUUAAUAAAGCCAAGAUGGUACAUUUGAUAGAGGAGUACCUAAGAGUCAUGGAGAAUUUGAAGAUAUCUGAUGUAGAUGAGCUACAUCAUGUCGAACAAUUUGAAGUCCUGAAGAUGGUGUUUUUGAAACUUUGUAAAUCUAAUGACUUCCCAUCCUUGCCAUCGAAGAUGCUAGAGGAAGAUAUGACAGAGCAUAGCUUUGAUGAUGAAGGUUGUGUAUUUAUAUUUUCUUUGAAAUAACUUCAAAUGAUUAACAAAUCAUCAAAAAGAUGACUCCAAAGUCCCUAAAAACCUUCCUCGGAUGGGUAUCUUCAACAGAACCUUGGAAAAAUAAAUCUACGACUAUCUCCAAAGAAUCCUUUAAUAAAUCAAUGGCUGAAACAACCAACAAGAAAACACAUCAAUGAUGCACGGUCAUGAAUGCUCAGCUAAAUUUGAUGAAAAAUUACUCUCUUUCCUCUAACAACCAAGAAAUUAGCUCUAUUAUCUCCAAAUACAAUUCUUCAAUCUCGAUGUCCACUCAGAUAGACUCUUCCUACAAAAGCCUCACAGAGCAAAUCGUGGUCAAAGAAAAGGAAUACCUGACUCUUGUUGGACAGAGAAAUGAGUUGAAGCACAUACAAGAUGAAUUCGAUCAGAUGGGUCUGAAUCUAAACUCCCUAGCCCAAGAGAAAAUACUAAAGAUCAAAGAAGAGGUCAUCCCUAGUGAGCUCAUUGAUGACAAAAGCCAAUUUGUGCUGUAUGUAGAAGGAUACUUCAAUGAAAUUAUCCACCAAAUCACCUUCAAACUUAGAAAAAUAGAGGAUGCCGCUGAUGUGGAAUAUCCUAUUGACAUCAAAAAUCUAGUCAACAUGUUCACCACCAAGUAUGAAAAGAAGCUUGAUAAAUAAAGCCAUCGUAAAUGAGAUUGAGAGGAAACUUAAGCUUGAGGAAACUUUUGUCAACAGAACUGCUAGUUAUUCUCCACUUUCAAUGACAAAGCCAAAGUCAAAAUCUAACAAGAAGAACUAUGGGUCUAAGAACAAGUUAGCCAUAGUUCAUAAGAAGAACUUGAAGAAAUCGGUUAGCAUUAUCAAUCCUAAAAGUAAACCUCCAAGAUCUGAAAGCAGUAAAGCCAACAGUAUUGUAUCUACAGAGCAUGAUAAAUCAGUUAUUUCUGGUCUAAGGGGCCAUAGUAAGACUCUUCAGAAGAAAGCAUAUGAAGAAAACCCUAGAAUGUUCGACCAAUACAUCAACUCAAAUGUCCAGGAGUCGGGAUUAAAUAUAGACCUUUCUAAAAUUAAAUUCAAGACUUUAGUCCAGUACAUGAAGGAUGUCUUACAAAUGCUCAUGGCUAGCAUAGAAGAUUUCGAACAAUCUGUUAAGAAGGAGAGAGAAGAACCCACAGUCAAGGAAUUCAGAAAUAUACAGAACAUCUUCAAUAACAUUGAAAAUAACGAUGAAGAUACUCAAUCAAAUAGAAAUUCUCGGAUUGAUGAUAACACCAAGAUUCAAGAAGAACAUGUCCAAGAGAACCAGCAUAUAGAAGAUUUUAGGAAAUAACCUUAAGGACUACAAUCACCCCAUCAUAAAGGAGCUCCCUCCAAAGUCAAAGAAGACUCUCCUUAAGCCACUAAAUAGGCCUCAUUCUGAGGAAAGAGUAAGGGAUCAUCCCAGAACUGGUUCCCUCUCCAGAGGUCGUCAAGGGCUUUAUAACCAAAAGCUAAGUCCUUUAAAACAGAGCAACUCUACAACAGGUGUGAGAGAGUGUAGGAACUACAUCGAAGAGGAAAACCGCUUUAUAAUCAAAUGGAAGAAGCAGAUAAAGAACUCUUUCGUAAAACUGAAAGGAAUGGACACACAUAAAACUGCCUCUACAACAGUGUCUUCUAAACAUGGCACUGGGAACUUGAAACGUCCAGUAAAUAGAGAUUUAAACAAGAUGAUUGCAAAGCAAGUCUUUAAAUUCCCUGACGAAUAAAAAUUUCAAUUAAGCCAGC